AUGCGCCAUAUAAUAUCAUCGAUUCUUCUCACCUCUUUUGGGCUGGCUGCCGCACAUCUAACCGCCAACGAGACGUCUGCGUACCUGCAGCUUGAGAAUGACAGGCUCUUUGUUUCUGUGAACAAGACCACAGGUGGCAUUGACACCCUAGUUCUUGACGGGCAAGAUCUGCUGGGAUCCGCAGCAUACAUCCCAUACACCCCAGGCGGCUCUUCGGGAAACGGGAGAUAUGGCGUUGGACCCUAUCUCGACUGCUACUGCAUCCCUGCAACUGGUCCAUCGAGCACGGGAUCGGGCUCAUACACACCUGGCUCAAUCGACCCGACGUAUCAGCUAUUCAAGGGUGUCGACACUCACAAUGUUGCCUACGGCGGUGUCGUGAUGAGCGAAGUGUAUCCGCCCACCGGUCAGAUCCUCGAGCAGUACUGGUUCCUUCGUGACGGCGAGACUGGCUUGCAUACGUUCAGCCGCAUCGCCUACCACAACUCGACCAGCCCGUUUCUGCGCAAUCUGCAGGAGUUCAGGACGCUGUUCCGGCCCAGCACCGAGCUUUGGACAGAUCUCGUCACCAACGAGGGACUUGCUGCACCCAUGCCAAUCCCCAAUCCUGCUUCUGGAAACACGACCAACGCUGCAACUGUCCAAGACGCAACUUGGUACCUCGGUAACCGUACAGAUGACCCAUACGUGGAGGCAUUCGCCGACUACUUUACCAAGUACACAUUUGCAGCCGAGUGGCGCGAUCAGACAGCCCAUGGCCUGUUUGCCGACGGCUCGCAGAGCAAAGACAACUCCACCUUUGGCGCCUGGCUCGUGAUGAACACAAAAGACACCUACUAUGGUGGGCCAACACACUCAGACCUGGUCGUCGACGGCAUCAUCUACAACUACAUGGUGUCCAACCACCAUGGCGCAGGUACACCCAACAUCACCGAUGGCUUUGACCGCACAUUCGGACCCCAGUACUACCACUUCAACAAGGGGCCAGCUGGUGCCUCGUGGCAGUCACUGCGCGAUGAAGCUGUUCGCUAUGCGUCUCCGUCCUGGAACGCUCACUUCUACGACACCAUCGCAGAGCACAUUCCAAACUACGUUCCGACUUCGCGCCGUGGAGCCUGGAAGGCAAAAGUCCAGCUCCCCAAAGGAGCCAAAAACGCCAUCGCAGUCCUCGCCCAGAACGGCAUCGACUAUCAAGACAACGCGAUAGACCCUCUGAAGUUCCAAUAUUGGGCAGAUAUCAGCCGCGACGGCACAGUCGAGAUUGAUCGCGUCGCAGCAGGGACCUACCGAGUCACCAUGUACGCCGACGGCAUCUUCGGCGACUACAUCGAAGACGACAUCGUCAUCAGCGCCGGAAAGACGACACACUGCGGCACUCUCAAAUGGGAAGCCGAGACAGCAGGCACUGAACUCUGGCGCAUCGGUACCCCCGACAAAGCAGGCGGAGAAUGGCGCCACGGCGACGUGCCGCUCAACACAUCGCUUCACCCCCCGGAGUACCGCAUCUACUGGGGCGCCUACGACUACCUGACCGACUUCCCCGAGGGCGUCAACUUCCACGUCGGGAAAAGCGACACGUACAAGGACUUCAAUUACAUACACUGGUCUGUGUUCGGUGGGUAUGCGAACUCCCGCAGGCCGCAGCAGGUCGCUGGAAGCGGCGAGAUCAACAACUGGACCAUUACAUUCGAUGUCGACCAGCACGCUCUAGUCCACAAGGAGCACGCCACGUUCACGAUCCAGCUGGCCGGAGCGAAGACGGCCGCCGGCAACACGGAUACGUUCAACGCGACCCAGCCGUGGAACGACGUGCCUUUCGUCGUUGCGGUCAACGGGCACGAGCUAGAGCCUUGGAUCAUUCCCUACAAUAAGUCGUCCUCGUGCGCGACUCGCAGCGCUGUCUCGUGCUACACGCUGAGCCACAAGUUUAUGUUCCCGACAAGCUACCUGAGCAGCAACGCCACAAACGAGUUCGUACUCAGCUUACCGUACAACGCGACAGACUACGAGAGCGCGGUUCUGCCGAAGAGUGUUUACGUGCAGUACGAUGCGCUCCGACUGGAGGUCAAGUAG